CGCAAUUCAUCCGCCAAAAUGCCUCGACAUCGUCCAGCAGACUGAGUGCAAGGGCUAGGUAAGCAGCGCGUAGCGAAGGCAUAUCGACGACGGACGCCGCCAGUAUGCGUCGACCGCAAGGAAGAAACAACAAACCAGAACGAAUGACGGUAGUUAGUAGGCGAUCACCCUCUCCACGAACAAUCGAGGAGAGUCGAAUCAGUCAGCAUCUUCUUUGGCAGACAUUGAGCACAUGGCCAAAUUCCAGACGAUCGCGUGGUCUAAACAACAUGGCAACUUUCCUGCUUUGGGUUGCCGGCGCUCUCGAGGCUGGCAUCUUCAGCCGGCUCAAAGAAGCGAACGGAUGAAAUCCUGAUCCGCCAGUCCGCUCGUCUGGUCCUGGCUUUCCUUGAGCAGCUUCUUUGUGAGGAUACGCCGAUCCAGAUUGUUGGUGUUCAGGCUGGCUAAUGUGGUAAGGGCAGAGGCAGGCGAGAUGGCGGAAUGGAACAAAGGAAUAAGGUGGUGGACAGCGGCUAUCUGCCACAGUUCGUGCUGCGUCGUGGCAUCCGCCAACAGCUGCAGACACGCAUCAACAUGAUCAGCUCGACAAGCCUGGCCGACAGUUACGAGACCAAGAUGAAAUAUGUCGACCUGCUGAGAACUCGACCCAUUGCCAUUGAGACGGCCCAGGCAAAUGAACAGCAUUACGAAGUCGGCACCGGAGUGCUGACCACCAUGCUGGGACCACGCAUGAAGUACAGCAGUUGUCUCUAUCCCAAGGGCACCGAGACUCUUGCUCAAGCGGAGAUGGCCAUGCUCGAGAGCUACGUCGAAAAGGCCCAAUUGAAAGACGGCAUGCGGCUUUUCGAUCUUGGCUGCGGCUGGGGAUCGUUGUCGCUCUACCUCGCUGAAGUCUUUCCAAACGCGAACAUCACAGCAUUCUCGAACUCGAAGACACAGAAGCAGCACAUCGAUGAAGAAGCCAGGCGAAAAGGGCUACGAAACCUGGAGGUGGUGACCGGCGAUAUCGCAACGUAUUCCUUUGCUGGCACGCGACUGGAAGGUGAAUUCGAUCGCGUGCUCUCCAUCGAGCUCUUUGAACACAUGAAGAACUACGAGCUGCUCCUGGCCAAGAUCUCAACUCUGCUCAAACCAAAGGGCAAACUGUUCGUGCAUUACUUUUGUCACAAGAAUUCGCCCUACGACUUUGAGUCUGGCUGGAUGACCACGUACUUCUUCACGGGCGGUACCAUGCCGUCAGCCGAUCUGCUUCACUACUUCCAGCGAGAUCUUAAGCUAGAGAGGCAAUGGUGGGUCAGUGGGAAGCACUAUGCGAAGACUUGCGAAGACUGGCUGAGGAAGAUGAAUGCGAACAAAAGGCAGCUCUGGCCGCAUCUGGAAGAAACGUACGGCAAGGAGAGCACCGCGACGUGGUUCUACCGGUGGCAAGUGUUCUAUCUUGCUUGCGCAGAGUUGUUUGCAUGGAAUGGCGGCGAGGAGUGGGGAGUCUGCCACUACUUGUUUGAAAAGCCAGCAGCAUGA